UACUCCAUUUUCCAACCCCACAAUAUCAUAAACAACUUCAACUCCUUAAUCCUAAUUUCGUUGAUUUUAAACAACCCAUAGACUUAUCUACUUAUUGGUCUUCGUUUUUCUCAUGGGUGACAGCAACAAUGUCAAUCUCCCACCUGGUUUUCGAUUCUGUCCUACAGAUGAAGAACUCGUCGUCCACUUCCUUCAACGCAAGGCAUCUCUCUUACCUUACCACCCUGACAUAAUCCCUGAUCUUGAUCUCUAUCCAUAUGACCCUUGGGACUUGGAUGGUAAAGCCAUGGUGGAAGGGAAAAAGUGGUAUUAUUACAGCAGGAGAACACAAAAUCGAAUAACCACCAACGGAUAUUGGAAAGCAUGGGACUGUGAUGAACAAAUUAUUAGUUCAAGUAGUAGCAAACGAGUUGGUGUGAAGAAAUAUUAUGUGUUUCAUAUUGGUGAAGCUCCUGAAGGUGUCAAAACUAAUUGGAUAAUGCAGGAAUUUAGGCUUUCUGAUGGUUCUAAUUCAUCCGGUAGCAGUAGCAGUAGCUGUGGUAGAUCAAAAAGAAAAGGCCACUCCAAAGUAGAUUCUAGCAAGUGGGUAAUAUGCCGAGUGUUCGAUCAUAGUUAUGACAGUGACGACGACAAUGAGAAUGGCACGGAGCUUUCAUGUUUGGAUGAAGUUUUCUUAUCAUUGGACGAUUUCGACGAUAUUAGUUACCCAAAUUAAGGAAAAAAUAGGCUAAAAGGAUAUUAAGGGACCCAAAAGAGUUAGAGGACCUGAUAUGUUUUGCUUAUUGUCCAUUUUCUAUAUUUUAUUUAUCCAGAAAAAUACUUCUGAGUUCUGAUAGUAUCAAUGCAACAAAUGACUUGUG